AUUUAUGUCGAUAGGUGUCGCUUUGUGUAAUUAUCUAUUGGCCAUACGGAUUUUGUUUUGUUUUUUUUUUUUAAAUUUUCAACCAAAAAUGUCAACCGAUAAAAAUGUCGAGCUAACAACCGAACAAAUUGCUCAAAUCGAACGUAACCGACAAAAAGCAUUACUUCGACAACAAAAAAAACAACGUGAUCUAACAACCGAUGAAGUAUAUCGUUUGGAAAAAUACAAUGAACUUAAUGUUCAUAUUAGCCAAGAUCAUGGUGGUGGAUUUUUUGUUGAUCGUCAAGAAUUAGAUCAGAAAAUUUUGGCUACUUCAGCAACAACAUCAAAAUUUACACAAUUACCAAUCAAACCGGAUACUAAAGAAAAUGUUUGCGAUGAAUGUGAAGAUAAUUUUAGUAACUCAUUUUUAUUAACAAAUUUUGGUGAAAAAAUCUGUGAUAUUUGUAAAGAUUUGAAACAAAAACAUCAAUUAAUUACUAGAACUGAAGCUAAACAAGAAUAUCUAUUGACCGAUGUAGAUCUGGAUAAACGUGAACCACCGCUUAAAUGUUUAUUGAAAAAGAAUCCUCGUGAAUAUGCACGUGGUCAUAUGCGUCUUUAUCUUCGUUUUCAAGUGGAAGAACGUGCACUUGAAGUUUGGGGUACUGAAGAACAAUUGGAAGAAGAACGAGAAAAUCGUCAAGCUAAACGUGAAGGUAGAAAACGUAAACAAUUUGAUAAACAAAUAAAAGAAUUACGAAUGCAAGCACGAAGUUCAUUAUAUCAAAAACGAUUACAUAGCCAAUCACAUGAACAUGAUUUUGGUCCCGAACAAUCUAUUGAAAAUCCUAAUGAUUCGGAUGAUUCCGAUAGUGAUUAUUAUCAACAAACAUGUAAAACUUGUGGAUUUAAAAAAGUUUUCGAAAAAUUGUAAAUGAAUUUUUGUUUUUUUUUAAAUUAAUUUAUAUAUAUACUCAUCAUUUGUUUUAUACAAUCAUAAAAUCUAACCAUAUAAUUC